AUGAAUAAAGAAAAAAAAUUGAGCGCAGCAGUACCUUGGCGAACAUACAUUCAGGAUCUUAGUAGUCGUGUGUGGGUCCUUCAUAACAAUGUCCUCACUGCAGUCCCAAGGAAAGAACGGACCAUUCCAGUCACUGUUACCUUAAUCCCGUGCCUGUAUCUGGAGACUCUUGAGAAGGACAAGGGGGAUCCCGUGUAUCUGGGAGUGAACAAACCUCAGUGCUGCCUGUUCUGCACAAAGGAUGAAGGACAGCCUGUGCUGCAACUGAAGAAAGGGGACAUAAUGGAACUGUACCGCCAAAAGGAACCUGUAAAACCCUCUCUCUUCUAUCACAACAAGAAUGGCACAACCUCAACGUUCGAGUCUGCAGCCUUCCCUGGUUGGUUCAUUGCUGUCUGCUCCACAGGAAGCUGUCCACUCUUUCUGACCCAAGAGCUAGGGAAAACCUCCAUCACUGACUUUCAGAUGAGUACAAUGCAUUGA